UAUGAGAACUAGGCUGAAAACAAAAAUCAAAAUCUGACGGGAAAACAGCGAAAAUAACACCACUGCUCGCAUUCGACUUCGCUGUAUCUGCAUCUGUAAAAUGUGAAAUGAGCAAAUCGCACCUAAAAGUUAUUUUCAAACGCGCGCUGAAGUAGUAUCGUGAAAAAUACGGAAUCAAAUAAAAAUGUGAAAGUACUCAAAAUUGUUACAGGAUUUUUCUGUUAUUUAAAAUGUUAUCAGCCAGAUUUUCAUCGGCUUCAGUAGUUAAAUCCAAAUUGCAGUGAAAACGAUCUCAAAAUUCACUUGUCCUAAGUAAAGAGAAACAAAUAAACUUAAAACUAUUAUAAUAGAAAGUUAACUAAGAAAACUAAUAAAAAAAAAAAAUUAGUGAGGGCAGGUACAAAUUCCGAGGAAUGAAACCGCUUUCUCUGAGUGAUUCAAAAACAAGGCAAAACACACCACGCGUCUCAACAUUGUGUACUCAACCUGAAGAAGUAUGUUAAUCUUAAAAAUACGUUUAUACACAUGGACAUGAAGAUAUCGACAAGGAUCAAUAUGGAUGGAGCCCUCAAGCUUUCUACUUUAGUUUCAUAAUAUGAUCGGGCGAAACAAUUUUCAAAUGAACGAACUCAUACCAGAUCGUAAUGAAAAUGAUUCACCUAGCAAUCAGAAAAAGAGCCAUACAUUGCCACACGCCCAGAAAUGGUCGUUAACCGAUUUUCGCUAUCGUCGGUCAACAGGCAACAUAUAUGAAACGAGUCCCAAGUUUUUUUCACACCUUAACUCUAAACCACACACCAAGUUCAUCGAGAAAUUUAUUCGAAACGAGCUUUUGAAUGGAUACGAUUCUCUAAAAUGUCAAAAGGGAGGCAGCAAGUUGAUAUCGACAAAAGCGAAGUCUCGGCCGGAUAGAAUUUCGGUCUACACAAACUGGCAAUUGGACAAGAGAGGCCUUAAUUGUAUUCGUGACAAUUAUCCUUGCGACGAGGAGAUGUACGAGAUGGUGCAGGUUAAGCGCUCACAAUGCAGCUUUAGCUUAAAUCAAUUUGAAAAUGUUCCUCUCAAGUCACUCUGUAAAAGCGGCCAUCUAAAAAACCAGAACCCAACUGAGAGUUUGAAGCCCUUUUCUCAGGCCACCAAAGGAAUUAAGGUACAACGAAGCACCUCUGGCUCAAGUUUGUCUGGUAUUACCAAAGAAGAGAAUCUGAGUAUAAAAUGUCGAUUUAUAAAUUUAAUAUCUAGCUAUGACCAACAAAAUAAGCAAUUGCACCGAGAACUGGCAAAUGAAAAGCUUCGACGUACCAUUGAGCUAGAUUCUGUUAUCAAGUCACUUCUCGUUUUUGAGGCGAAGCUAAAAAGAGAUAUGAAGACUGCCGGGCAAAGGCUUCUUGACAGAGAUAUGGAAAUUUGUCGCUUAGUUCGUCUUAAUUGCGCCUUAAGAAAGCGACUUGACAACCAACAACAGAAACAACGUAAAGCCGCUGUUCAGAAUCCGGAUGGCUGUAACUGUAUGGUAAUGGAGGCAUUGCUAUGUAAUAAAUGUCGCAAAAAGUUUUAUGAAGUUGAAUUAAAUGAGAACAACCAAAAUCCAACUAAAGAAAUGAGCCUACGUAAGAACCCCAAUCCUAGCUCGUCUAGUGAUGACACCGUUGCAUCAUCUUUCGAUGGAGCAAGACGUAGCGAGCCCUACACUACCAAACGCACGACGAGCACUUUUUGGGACUAUAUGCGAUCCCGGUCGAUGCACAUCUAUGACCCUGAAUUAGAUCAGCAGUCUGAAGAAAACACUAGCAGCAUUAGCCAAGAAGAUUCGCAAAUAAGCUACGAACAUAUACACCCUAACGCACCAACUAUGGAAAGAAGGCUCGAAGAAAUUUCGGCACCGAAACCAAAUUACUCCGAACAAAGUAGUUUAGAACUAGACCUGCACCAAAAGCCCCUCCACUUUUUAGCGAUUCCAAAAAUAGAGAAUUGCGAUGGGAUUUCUUCGUCCAUGCGUGGCGACUUUAAGGCGUAUGGGGCAUUUUACUCUACACAAGAGCUUAAAAUGAUUCAAAGUAAUCUAGGGGGAGUUCAAAAGCGCUGUUCCGAUUUCUCUGAAGCAUCUCCGAAGCAGAUUUACGAGACUACUGGGGACGAUUGGUACGCUACUGCUUCUGAUCAGGAGGGGUCCACUAUAUCGUCUAAACCUUAUAGUCUUGGCGCUGUGAAUCCCGUUUUAGAAUGCGUCAAUCAAAUUCUUUUGCAGCAAUCCAUGGAAGAUACACUUAAAGAACCGACAAAGUGCAAAACAGAUAAUUUUGGUUCCACAUUUAUCCGACCAUGUAGGUCUCACAUUACAACUGGGCGUAAACGAGUUCAUUUUUCUACCAAAAACAGCAUGGUUCACUUGCCGCGUAACAAUGAGGAGGCUAAUGGUAGCAUCGAGCGGCUACAACCAGUAAUAUCUCUCUACAAUGUCUUGCCCAAUGUUGGAGAUACCUCUAACUACGAAAGUGUCUAUAGCAAUGAUUAUGAGCCCAUAGGCUCAGAGAUCGCCUCCAAUGAUUACAUAGAUAUGGCAUCUGGCGGUCAUACGGCGCUUAAACCUACCCAGAGAAUACCUCCUGAUCUUCCUCCCAAACCAGCCAACCUUCUUAAAUUCAAGAAAUUAUUGCACCCUUUUGGUGGGCUUAAAAAUGAUUCAAACUGUGCGACAUCUACUGCAACCAUUUCCGAGCCUGACUAUUGCUCUAUAUGCGAAUUAGGUGUGGCCAGCGUUCGUGUGCAGACGAUGGCAGACAUUCAUCAAGAACCAAAGUCCACAUCGCCUAUGUCAAAAAAAUCAACAGCUAUCCCAGAAAAAGAUCACCAGCGCAUAAAUUUAGUUGAUAGUCAUUUACAAAAGACUGACGAAAUUGAAGAGAUUUUUGCCGACGUACCAAAGUUACCCAAUGUGGCGGCCAUUAUUGUACCAAAACAAACAUCUUCCAGUUAUCUGAGGAUGACCACACGUGACACGCUAUGCCUUAAUAUACCUCCCCAGACACUAGAAGCGUCCCAACCGAGUACGCAACUUAAAAGAGAGCUUGUACCCAACAUCAUAUCCGAAAUUAAUAAGCGCUUAAAUAAGCCAGGCUGCCCAAGUAAACUCACUCCAGACACUUCUUGUAUCCCUGUAUUGAAGUCAAUGAAAUAUCAGUUACCAGACCCCUCAAAAGUUUUACCCAUUCAAGCGGAGUUUGACUGGUAUAAUCUAGACGUCGAGUACGAGUGUGCACCAAAGCCAAAUAAGAGUUCAAUGGUUGAAGGCGUAUUAAAAAGUGAACAAAUAUAUUGCUCUAAGAAUUCCGCCGACGAGUAUAACUUGGACGAGGAGUUUCAACAUGAGGAACAUCCGCUAAAGGACUCAGUUUCACAGUCUCAAGCACCGUCAAAUCAAACCAUUCAGAUUGAACAGAUAGCCGAAACAGCAGUUCAAGCGCAAACAAUAAUGGGAAACUUUGACAAAUUUAUCAAGGGAUCUGAAUUGAGCACGAAACCCAUAACCUGCAAAAGAAAAAUUUACUUCAAUACACCAUUUGUAUGAGAAAAAAUAUUUUUUAACAGGAAAAAAUGAAUGUAGGCCAAAUUUACUUUAUUACAUAGGCCGACAGCAAAAAAUCUCCACGCAUAGUUUUAUGUGGUCCAUACCCUUUGGUCUCUUCUGAACCAAACCCCGGAACAAACACCACACUCAGUUUUCGCACUACACAUGUAAAAUUAAUACAUUCAUUUAUGAUUUACUAUGAAUUGUCCCAAACUACAAUACUUAUGUUUAUCUUUAAAUGGGUAUUCCAAAGCUAUAACAGUUGAAUGCCAUUUUACAUUUUAGUCGGUGCAUACAUAUUCAUAUAAAAUAUAUAAUGCAAUAGAAAAUA